GACUUUGCAGAGGAGGGGAGGGGAGAGAGAGAGAGAGGCGGAGCAAGUUGCGGAGGAGGGAGGAGGGGUCGCCGGAAAGGGGACAUGCUCCCUUCACAUCUCACAUCUCACAGCUUGAACUGAAAGCAAGAGUAGAAGCCCAUGAGAUGAGACGCAAGCAAAAUAUGCAUGAAAAUGGCACAAUCAUGAUUCAGUUUGGUCAGCAAGUGCCUAAUUACGAGUCAUCGGCUAGCGAUUCUCCUCGAGAAGUGUCCGGAAUGAGCGAAGGAAGCUUUAAUGAGCAGAAUGAUCAAUCUGGUAAUCGUGAUGGUUACACGAAGAGUGAUGAAGGCAAGAUGAUGUCGGCUUUAUCUCUGGGCAAUUCAGAAACAGCGUACACACCGCCAAAACCUGACCGCACUCAUCCCUUCGCCAUAUCAUACCCAUAUGCUGAUCCUUACUAUGGUGGUGCGGUGGCAGCUUAUGGCACGCAUGCUAUUAUGCACCCCCAGAUGGUGGGUAUGGUACCAUCCUCUCGAGUGCCACUACCAAUUGAACCAGCUGCUGCCGAAGAGCCGAUCUAUGUAAAUGCGAAGCAAUACCAUGCCAUUCUCCGAAGGAGACAGCUCCGCGCAAAAUUAGAGGCUGAAAAUAAGCUUGUCAAAAGUCGCAAGCCGUACCUCCAUGAGUCCAGGCAUCAGCACGCGAUGAAGCGGGCUCGGGGGACAGGCGGGCGGUUCCUCAACGCGAAGGAGAAGUCCGAGGCGGCUUCCGGUGGCGGCAAUGCAUCGGCGAGGUCUGGGCAUGCCAGCGUUCCUGCGGACGGCGGCAUGUUCUCGAAGCACGACCACACCUUACCGUCCGGUGACUUCCAUUACCGCGCGAGAGGGGGCGCCUAGGGCGGCGCCGUUGCCCCCUGGCAAAUCAUCCUUGGCUUAUGUGUGUGGCGACCGUCAACUCGGUCGAAUGAUAAUACUGUAGUAAACUGAAAGAUUUGGGGAUUGAAACUGUUACUUGGGGUGUUUGGUAGACAGUCUGUUCCGUUUGGGGACGAUGCGGGCCAGUCUCUCUGUUGGUGGUAGAUUCGUGGCACGGCAGGUGCUGCUAAGCUGGAGCCUGCUUGAACUGUUUUUCCUGUCACUUUUAUGGGGUAAUAAGGACCAUCAUGUAUGAUACUGGAGUAGUACUGAGUUGGAGUAAUUACCAUUCCCGGCGUGAUGCAUUGCGCCCGUGGUGGUGUCUCUUUUGA